AAUCUCGACGAAGAAGAGUUAGCGGAAGCGGAAACGUGGCUCUUUUGUUUUGAAGAGGGAAAUUUUAAACUCGACGGAGUUCAUCAGAAUUAUACACAAGCCAACCGUCAUGAAACAACAGAUGAAAAAGAAGUAGUAGUAUUAAACACAAGAACAACACGAUAAUACAGUGGCUGCAAAUUGAGAUUUCUCACCAUCCGAAUGUAAAGGUCUCAUCACACCGACAUGAAGAAGAAGGUGAGGAGGUCACCGGUCACAGAUGCUGGCAGCAUCCAGGAGGACUGCUGUGCUCUGUGCCGACUCAGUGAUGACGACCCAGCGAUGUUGGGGGAAAAAGUGACACUCAAAGAACACAAAUUCUCUGUCCACUACUUCUGUCUGCUGACGUCUUCUGGAGUUUAUCAGCGUGGAGAGGAGGAUGAGGGCGUGUUUGGUUUCUUGGUGGAUGACAUCAAACAGGAGAUCCGCCGGUCAGCGCGACUGACGUGUUACAGCUGUAAGAAGAAGGGCGCCUGUGUCGGUUGUAGCAUCAGAAGCUGUAGAAAGAUGGUCCACUUCCCCUGCGGGAGAAAACAGGAGUUUAUCUUCCAGUUUACCGGACUCUUCCCGUCAUACUGCCUGGACCACAGUCCCACUCAGUCUCUGUCCGUGAGCUCUGACUUCAGCCUGCCUCAGUCCUGCUCCGUCUGUCUGGACUCCAUCGAGCCUGUCCUGUCCUACUCCGUCCUCAAGUGUCCGUCCUGCCACGCCAGCUGGUUCCACAGAGACUGUGUACAGCGUCAGGCCCACAGUGCAGGGCUGUUCUUCUUCAGAUGUACUCUCUGCAACAACAAGGAGAACUUCCAGGAGGAGAUGCUGAGGAUGGGAAUAUACAUCCCAGAGAGAGAUGCCUCGUGGGAGUUGGAGCCCAACGCGUAUGCAGAGCUGCUGGAGGUCUACAAGCGCUGUGAUGCUCUCACCUGCCUCUGCAGCAAUGGACGCACGUACUCAGCCAAGAUCGGGUGGUUUCAGGUGAUUUGCUGCCAGCUGUGUGGCUCCAGAGGGACUCACAGGAAGUGUUCAGAGCUGAAGCUGGACACCAGAAACUGGGCCUGCACCGACUGCACACAGGCUACUGAUGGCAAAGCCUCCCUGGUUGCGUCUCCUCAGGGGGUUCAGAGGAGGUCUCUGCUGUCCAAACGCCACCUCUCUCCUAACCACCCCUCCAUCAGCGGCAAGAGACCAUCAUUACCUGUUGGAUCAGGAUCACCUGAGGAGCUCCUGCAGGCUUUGGCCCUUCAGCUCCGUCCCCUCAGUGUUCAGGUGGAGGUGAGCAGGAAUCUGGCUCUGUCAGCCGGCCUGGACAUGGUCAGGAGGUCCGACUUCGACCCCACACACACUCUGUCUGUCAGGUUCAAAGACGAGCAGCAGACUGCAUUUCCCAGCAUCCCCUGGGACAGCGACACAGCCAGGCAACACUUCUUGAAGCUGCUGGUGCAGCAGAUCCAGGACUCUGUGGUGUUUGAGGGUCCACAGGGAUUCAAAAACCUGGCGCUCAACUCCCAGGCUCUGCGUGAGGACCUGUACUUUGAUGUGGGCUGCCUGCUGGCACUGUCUCUGGUCCACGGUGGUCCACGUCUUGGCUUCUUCUCUCACGCUCUCUACCAGUGUCUCUUCAACUACCCGCCCAACUGCCCGCUCACCUUCGCCCACAUGACUCCCGACACACACCUCACCCGCCAAGUCAGCCAGAUUGCAGAGGCCAAAUCUUUAGACAGCCUGAGAGAAGCCAUGAUGGCGAGCUGGGAGUACCUGGAGCUGGCCGGCUGCAACCGACCAGUGAGCAGCCUGGAGGACAGGGACACCCUGGUGGAGGAUGUGGUCGGCUUCACAAUGAUCACCAGGAUGCAGCUGCCUCUGCAGAGGUUUCGGGAAGGCCUGCAGACUCUGGGUGUCUUUGAUCAGGUGCAGCUCUUCCCGUCCGCCUUCUAUAGCGUUUUCUGUGAAGCAGCAGAUUGUCUCACGGCUCAGACGAUUGGUCGACUCUUCGUCAUCAACUUCUCUGAGCAGGAGGAGAGAGUGAACAGAGAGACGCCCGUUGUCACCUUCUGGAGACACUUCCUGCUCGAGUGUGAAGUUGGGCGGACCUCCAUCUCCCUCCAGGACCUCCUUCGCUUCGCGACAGGGGCUGAGGAGCUCCCAGCAGCCGGCCUCCUCCCUCCUCCCUCCAUCUCCUUCCUCCACCCCAUCAGCUCCUCCCCACCAAGAGUCGAGCAGCAGCAGGAGGAGGGUGGAGAGAGGGAGAUGGACAGACCUGGGUCAGAGGAGUGGAGGGACGGGGGGAUGUUCCCUCAGAGUGAGCCCAGCUCCAAACACCUCCUCCUGCCUGUCAUCUCCACCUACCAGGCCUUCAAAAGCUCCAUGGAGCAGUCUGUCAGCCACCAUGUGCACCUCAUCUCUAUGGAGAGUUAGCGGAGGAGAGAGGAGGAUUCUUUCCGAUCAGAAAACCUGCAGGAGGUUUUUAGUGAUCCAUGUUUAAAGAUGAACUUUGAAACCUUUCACACAGCUUGUUACGGGAUGUGUUCAGAACAAUGAAGCUAAGACCUUUUCCCUUAUGUUUAUCUCCAGAAAGCAUUAAACACUUCUUCAUUUUCGUUUUGAAGGCCUUUUCUCUGCCCAUAUGAUGACAUGAUCUUGCUAUUCUUUGUUUUCACCUUUAAAAACUCUGGUGCUGAUCCUAUAACUCUUCUGUAAGAGAUAUUUUAGGUUUUACUGUGCAUACUCUUUUAAAGCUUCAUUUUGUGUCUGUUGCUUAUGUUUGUUGUUUUAUGAACAAAGUGUGAAAGGUACGAGUCAAAUCUGUAACAGAUCAGUGUUUUUCUCCUGCUUAAAACUUUGACAGAAAUUAGAAAAACCCUUAAAGUGUCAGAAUUACUUUGUAAUGUGUACUUUAAAACUACUUUACAAGUGGCUAAUUCAGUUCUCCAUGUUUUGGGUUGAUUGAUGGAUAAAUUAGCAUAUCAUCAUAUCAUGCUUAAGGACUUAUGAAUGGGUUAUUUUCAGGUCAUAACUUUGAAUUACACCAAACUUGGACCAAUUACCUUUUAAUCCUUUAUUUUAAAAUAAAAAUAUUAAACUCAACACAUUGACAAAAAAACAGUGGC